GGGACAUCAUUUAAAUAUAAUUAGAAAUAAGUUUAAUUUGUAAUUAGGAAAGUUGUAACGCUUAUGUAAGUUAUUUCUAUUUAUACUUGUUAUAAAUUGUACACAUAUUGAUCCACUUCGUGAGUUACGGAAUUAUUGCUGGAAGUAAGUUUUGUGUAUUGCGAAAUAACUGUUGUUUUUACACAAAUUUGAGAAGAACAUAUUUAGAUCUCUGGAGGUACGAAGUAUUAGAAGAAUAGGGUGUGAUACGUAUGUUAUUUUGUUAGUAGUUGACGUGCUUAAGCACCGAUUAUGUAUAAUGCAUUUAUUGGAGAAUUUUAAGUUGUGACGGGAUUAUCAUGCCAGGGUUAUCAAUUUCUAACUUUAAAUUAAAAUGGCAGGACCAUUUGAAUAGUGUUUGGGCAGGAGAAAAUUGUGACAACAUUGCUACGAGAGAUGGGGUUAUAUUGCUGUAUGAUCAUUUGGUAGCAAACAAGGAGGUUAUUGUUGUACCAGCUACAAAUUCACCAUUGAAUCAAGGUCCUGCCCUCCCAGAUUUUGAAUGUGAUUCUCCAUCAGCUGCUGAACUUGAUCAUCAUGUGGCUGCACUUUUGUCAGCACAGCUGGAAUUGGCACAUACGUUUUGUGCAGAAUCUCCAUUUACAACUGUUUUGCAUCAAAGGUUGCUGGUGUUGCAGCGGAUAUUUCAUGCAGUAUCAACAAAAUACCAUGAUAAGGAAAAGGCAAGAUCACAGACCAGCGCACAUGCCAGUGAGAGCAGGCAGGAGACCUCUGAUAGUUGUCCAGAGAAAACAUGUUCAGCAUCACAAGCUCUUGUAGAAAUGGCAGUAAAAACAGGGCUUAGCCUUUUAUUUGCAUUGCUGCGUCAAAGUUGGCAACAGAAUACUGUGCCAGGUAGUCCUGUUCUGUUCAACGAAGUACUGUGCACAGCAUCAGAGGUGGUGCGGAAUCUUCCACCAUUGUCCUUGUCAAACGAGAGCCAAAUCACAGCACUAGGAGCACAAAGUUUGCAGGAGGUCACUCAGUUCUUGAGGCAUGCAGCACUGCCUGCUUCUGGAGCCGAUUCUGCAGGCCAGCUGCUAGCUUCAGAACUUCUACUGGAGCUUGCACUACAGAGAGGAUCACUCAUCUAUUUGUUAGAGUGGAUUGAUAUGGCUUUGUGUGCAUCAUGUGGGAAGCGAGAUGACAAGAAUACAACGGGUGCCAAAAUAACAUCUUCUGUCUUCCUGAAAGCUAUGUCAAAAAUGAGGGCAGCUGCUGGGGGUGAUGGACUGGAGGGGAAGCUGUGUUACAGCCUAGUAUCUGACGACUCUGGGAAGGUCUUACUCUAUCAAGCUGCCAUGUGCCUGAUGGAAGAGUUGGUCAACCUGGCAUGUGAUUACACACAAUCUUGCCUGGGGUCUGAGCGACGUGAAUCCCAGGGUACAUCAACAUGCAGCAGCACUGCAGCAGAUAAAUGUGAUGUCUAUGUGUGUGGUAGCAAUUCCUCACAUCAGGUUGCAGAAGAAAGUCAAGAGAAGAUCCUGGUGCCACGUCUUGCGAGAGCAUUCACUCAGGCACAGCAAGUAGAAGCUGGCCAAUACUGUUCCUUCAUUAUCCACACAAAUGGGACUCUUAGUGCGUGUGGUAAAGGAAGCUAUGGACGUCUUGGGUUGGGAGACUCUAACAACCAGCCACAGCCCAAGCGAGUGGUCAUUGAUGGCACCGUGAAGAAAGUGUCUUCAUCCAAAGGCAGUGAUGGCCAUACACUGGCGCUCACAGAUGAUGGCAAGGUCUUCAGCUGGGGUGAUGGGGACUAUGGUAAAUUGGGCCAUGGAAAUUGCACCACUCAGAAACAGCCUCGACUGGUGGGAGGAGCGUUAUCUGGGAAGGUGGUGAAGUUUAUCCAUGCUGGCUACAGACACAGUGCUGCCAUCACUGAGGAGGGUGAACUGUACACAUGGGGUGAAGGGGACCAUGGACGAUUAGGUCAUGGAGAUUAUAAUGGGCGUAACAUGCCUACAUUAGUUCGAGAUCUGAGUGGUGUUGGUGCAGUAGCGUGUGGAAGUGCACAUACAAUAGCACUAUCUGCAGAUGGCAAGACUGUGUGGUCAUUUGGUUCAGCAGACAAUGGCAAGCUUGGCCACGGUGACACACAGAAAACUUCACGGCCAAAAGUAAUAGAAGCAUUGCAGGGCCUUUAUAUAAGAAAAGUGGCAGCGGGCAGCCAGUUUUCCUUAGCUCUUACAACUAAUGGACAGUUAUAUACGUGGGGUUUUGGAGCAUGCUUGGGCAUUUCUGCAGGUGAGACAACAUCUCUGUUACCACAGUUGGUAGAAGACCUGGCAGCAGUAAGGAUUAUUGAUGUAGCGAUAGGAGAUUCCCACGUUCUAGCUUUGACACAUGAUAGUGAAGUAUUUGCUUGGGGAAAUAAUUCCAUGGGGCAGUGUGGCCAGGGUCAUUCAACCAGUCCUAUCACUCGACCACUCAGAGUACUAGGACUUGAGGGAGUGCCUGUGAAUCAGAUAUCAGCUGGUACAUCACACAGUGUCUUCUGGACUGCUUUACCUUCUGACAGACAAGUUGUAACCUGGCAUCGUCCUUUCUGUGUGGACCUCCAAGAAGGCACAUUCUGUUUGUUACGUUCCUUUCUUGAAAAAUAUUGCAGUGGUUUCAAUCAGGAUUCAUGUCCACCACCUUUUCCAACAUUUGGGGAGCAUCACCAAUUUGUCCUUCUGUGUCUGAAGUUAUUGUGUGCACAUUUGUCACUGGCACUCACUGGAGGCCUUGCCACAUCUGUUCUGGGUAGCCAGGCCAGACCACUUCGUCAUUUACUUUUCAGGUUGGUUGAUAUUCCAACUCCUUCUAAUGUGAAAACUGUUGUAAGUGAAACACUUGCUAUCGGAGCUCCAAUGUUGCUUCCUCCCUUGAGGGAGCGGAUGGAAUUGCUUCAUUCACUACUUCCACAAGGACCUGACCUCUCCAAUGGCCAGAAAAUGUUACUUGGUAUCAUAUUAACAAGCCUUGAGGAUCACAGUCAUGUGUCAUCAUUGCUUGGCUAUAGUUACUCUGCAGUGUCAGAGGAUCGGUUGGGAAGCCAAGACCUACAUCUUGCUGAGGCUCUCAUGAAGACCCUGUUACGGAAUCUCAGUUUCCACACGGAGGAGUGUUUGAAUGAACUGGAAAAGAAUCUUGAUAAAGGACAGGCUGAAUUGGCUGAUUCAACCAAUCAAGUGACUCACCUACAUGACUUGCUGUCAUCACUGCAGACACAUUUGUUGGCUUAUUGCAGUAUCAAUACAUAUGACUCACCUCUGCUGGCAUUGAGCAUUACACUACUACAGAAUCACCUCAGCAUUUUGUUACCUUUGGCAUGUGAUAUACUCAAGAAGGCAGCUCAUAUUGUUCAGAACUUUCCAAAUUGUCUCAAUCAGCUUUAUGGUAUCUUGCAUCAGUCUUUGUCAGGGGCCAUGUUAUCCAAGGUACUGCACUCACUGCUUCUUCUGCCUGUUACUUGUGUGCAGCCUCUCCUGUUUCAUUUGUUGGGUAUCCUGGCACCACUGGACUGUCUUAACAGGCUUCUGCCGGAAGGUGUGCACUGUGAACAAGAAAGUGACUCUUCCUCAGAAGCAAAUACACCGACACCUAAUGACAUGGCAGAACAUUCUUGGCUGUGGCUAGUGGAUGUAGAGAGGACCUGCAGUUUAUUGGUUGGUAAAUGCCUUGGGGGCAUGUUGAUUGGAUCCCCACUGUCAGAAGAAGAGAGGGAAACCAGACAUUGGUUAAGCAGCACAUUGUUUUCACAUGGUCUGGAGAAACAUAGUAAUGAUCCAGUAAUACUGGUUAGAGAAUUGACAUUUGGAGCACAUACCUGUAACGGUGACAGUUCCCGACGUCUGGAAAGCAUAAUUGCAAAGCUUGAAAUACCUGAUGUAAGAAUUUAUCUUAGAAUGGCUCUGUUGCCUGCUCAGUUAUGGGAAGUUGCAGAACCUACAGGAAAUGAAUGGAGACAGAACUUGCAUCAGAAAGGAACAACAUUGGUCCAUGAAUCUUUUGAUGCUGCUCAAAGCCCUGUGUACAGGGAAGAUGGUGAUCUUAGGGAAGAAAUGGAGAAUAUGCAAGGAACAACUUUGCAAGACAGUGGUGAAGAUUCUAGCUACCAAGGACACUUACCAGUAUGUGUAACUGACAGUGACAUAGUGACAGAUGAGACACGGAAACACUUCUGUUACUACAGAGAUAUGAUUGAACAUGCUCAGUCACAGGAUUGGGACACAUGUGAGGUGGAAGAUGAACCACUGCUGGAGUGUGUGACGAGAGUAGUCCUAGCUGCUCUACUUAAACACACUGGACUUCUACCAGGGUAUAAUUCCAAAAAUGGUGUUCAUCCAGCUAUCUGGGAAAUCUACUUUAUGGUAUUCCAACUUCGCCGCAAAAUUCUUUCUACAAGGAGUCAUCAUGAGACAUCUCCUGAUGAAGAGAUAAAUGAUUCUGUCCUCUUGCAUGGCCAGAGUCAUAGCCGAGAAAGAGACGAAGAGAGUAGCAGAGGAGAUGACCACGUGGAAGAUGCAGAUGAAACGCAGAGUGAAUGUGGUGGUACAUCUCAGAGAGCAGGGAUAGAUAAUUAUGAGGAUCUGUGUCAUAUUGUACUGCAUCGCUGCAUUUUUCUCCUGGCAGCUGUAAAGGGACCAGACAAGCCAUGGCAUGAAGAUGAACAAGGAUCUGAUGAUGAGACAGAUAAGAUAUCAGUCAAAACUGAAGACUGCUAUAGACUGCUUGAUGAAGACGGUGGCUUUGUUUCCUUGCGACGCCUGUGCCGCUCAAUUCUGCUGUUUGUCUGUGCUGAACCAGGAGAGAGACAAGUUCUGCCUUGUGGCACGGAGUCAGAGAAUGGCUGGAAUAGUGAUCCAACUAGACUUUGUGCAGCCAUGACUCACCAACAUAUUCGAGCAGAGCAUAGAUUGUCAGCACUCAAUCAGGUCUUAGAAUUGCUGUCAGGUUCUGAGAAAGAUUCCAAAGAUGAGGCAGAAAAGGAGUCAACAGAGAAAGUGGCACCCAACACAUUGUUGCUGAAUUGUGUGCAUCAGCAGUUGCUGGCUGGAUGUUUUGGUUUGGGCACAUUAGCAGAAGGCCCAUGCACACAGUUGUACCAUUACUUGGAUGCAGUGAGAGCUGCACCACAGUCACUUCAAUCACACAUUUGCUCUUCUGUGCAUCGUAUAUACUCAUUACUCAUCUCCUCACUGGCUAGGGGCCAGAGUGAAAUGCACACUCAUACUGGAAGCACACAACAACUGCAAAUUUUAACGGUAUUUGCUCUUAGUGUUCGCUACCAGCCAGCUGACAUUACACUCGCUGUGUCAUGCAAACUGUUGCCAAUACUGGCAAAUAUGUGUUCAAGUCCUGUUUACCUGACCUCACCUUGUGAACUGCAAGGACGGACACCCGUGCUUACCCUGGCUAGCAUGCGACUGCUACAUAUUCUUGCUAUGUCAUGUGGGAUGUAUGCUCAUCAUUUAGAUGUUGCUGUGAUUGAAAGUGUUGUAUCAUUGAUUCAUUCACAAUUGGAACGUAUAUUGAUGUCAACAUAUGUGUCAUGCAUAUCAGCUGAUACCAAAAGUGAUGUGGGUGAAAGUGUUGGAGUUGGUGGCAGUAAUAGUUGCAUCAGCAAACGAGAACUGCGAGCAGCAGAACGUAGUCUUGGAGACUUCCUUGUAUUUGUGAGGCGCAUUGCGUCAAGCCGUAUAUUAAGGAAAUUGUUGGCUGGGCGAGAAUGGACAGAUACACUGCUAACUAUCUUAGGGCAGCAGCUUGCAGGGGAUGACACUUCUUUACCCAGAAUUCAGGCUUUAAGGCCAAGACUUCUUGCUCUUCAGUUGUUAGCGUCUGUACUUCCAAGUCUGGACCCCACCACUAGUACAGAGCACAGGGAACAGGUUGUUCGGGAAUUGUUCUGUCAACUGGCAGCCAAUAUGUGGAGUGUUCCUCAAGCAGUGGCUGAGCGCCAAGCACUCAUCAAACAGAGGGAGCUGCAAAAGAAAUUGUACCACCUGAACAGUCCAUGUGACAUAUGGCUAGAUAGUGAGCAGUGUGAAGAGAACAUUCCAGUGCAGGAGAUGGGGUUUGAUCCUGAAAAGUGUCUGUGUUGUACUGUGGAAGGUAGCCAAACCCUUGUGCAUGGACCAGGGGGCAGAGGUUAUGGACUGGGAAACACAGGAAUAACUUCAGGUUGCUACCAGUGGAAGUUUCUCAUUGUGAAAGAAAACAAGGGCAAUGAGGGUACUUGUGUGGGUGUUGCACGCUUUCCUAUAAAGGACUACAGCCAUCGUACAACAACUGAUAUGUGGCUUUACAGAGCAUAUAGUGGUAACUUAUACCAUAAUGGAGAACUACCAUUGUGCCUACCUAGUUUCACUCAGGGAGACUAUAUUACAGUCGUACUAGAUCUAGAUGCUCGGACAGUUAGCUUUGGCAAGAAUGGAGAUGAACCACGGCUUGCUUUUGAAGAUGUAGAUGCUACUGAUCUGUAUCCGUGUGUCAUGUUCUACAGUACCAAUCCUGGUGAGAAGGUUAAGAUGACGGACAUGCAGGUUCGAGGAACACCUCGGGAUAUGUUGUCUGGUGAUCCACACUGUGCCCCAUUACCAGCAGUUCUUGCUGAAGCUUACAUAUCUCUGUUGAGAAAACUCAUCAUCACUGACACCUGGAGUAGACAGGUUAGUGACUGUCUGCUGGAGAGACUGAAUCAGAUAAAAGAACUUUUGCCAGAUAGUCCUGAGAAGAGUGAAAUCUCAGGUACUCUGCCUGAACCAGCUGCCCAUAUAGGAUCUCCAAGCAUCCAUCUUCAAAAAUCAGUAAAUCAUGAAGGUAAACAAGACCACAUAAAGGAACAAGGAAAGAAUGAUGAGCAUACUGGUGGACAACUGGCAAGAGAUCAAGAAAAGAAUGAAGGAGAUUGGUUAAAGGAAGUGAACUUAGAACAGCUGUGUAAAGAGGUUUGGCCUGCCCUUGCUGUGAUUGGUGGAGUAGACCGUGGAUUACAUGUUGGUGGCCAGUGCAUCCACAAACCCUCAGGACGAAAGGCAGUUGUGUUAGGUACCUUGAAACAGGGAUUAGCUUCUGUCAAGGUACAGUGGGAUGAUGCUGAAGCAAGUGUUAGUGAUGCUUUACUAAGCACGCUUGAGCCAUGUGAUCCACCCCCCUUCAUUGCGACUAAGAUGAAAGACAUUACUCCAGAUGUAUUCCUGCAGAUAAUUAGGCUUAGUGGCCUUACAGAUGAGCUCCAUUUUCCACAGUGUGACCUAACAUCUGCAGAAAUAGAACUGGUGAAUCAAGAACCAGUUCCACAAGAUCUCAGACGUCGUCACUCGUCUGUUGCAACAGAUAGUUGGCGCUCAUCAACACAUCAUGAAUCACAGUUGCUUGCUGAUUCCUGCAAACAUGUGGCUGCCAGGACAGUGGAGUCCCUCACCAAUGAGAUGGUCUCAAGUAUCAUUGGUGAAGUAACACAAAGACGAGGAAGUACAGAGAGACUGGUACAAUCUGGUUCAGAUGCUAGAGUCGAGGGAGAAAAUGCUGGAAACACUGCCAGUAAAGAUACCAUUGCAUCAAGGGUUGCCAAUCAUAAGUUAUUAGAAUGUGAGAUAGUGUGUCUUCAGUUGGCAUUUCUUAAACUGGCAGCUUUGAAGUGUCUGGCAACACUUCUGAGUUGUGGACAUUAUUCAGAACUUCUGUUGGUGCCAUGUGCAGUACCUCAAAAGUCAAGUGAUGGAAUUGACAAAGAUAAGGAUAAUGUUAAUGAUGGGGAAUUGAAGCAACAGAAACCAGAAAUGGCAUCUGGGGAGGAACAAGGGAGCACUGAUGACACUUUUAAGGACAGUAGCUGUCUUCUGCUGGAAGAAGCGGAGCUCCGUGAUGCUCUGACACGUAUUAUGAGAUUUAUGGUAAGCAAGAGUGUUGAGCAGUGCAAGUUGCGUUCACUUGUGUGUCUGGGUGAGCUAGAACGUGUCAAUACAGUACUGCAUUCUAUGUAUGUACAAGCCAAGGCAGAGGAAGGCUUCCACAUACAAGAAACGGAAACCAAAAUACGGAGCUUGACCAAUGUCCAUGAUGUGAAUUCUGGUCAGCAGGAUAAUGCUCAGGAUACUUCAACGGGACCACAUUCACCACACAACUCCAUGAGCACACCAGUGCCUCAUGCUCCAUCAUCCUCAUCUCUGUCUCGCCUUGUCCGCCGCAUUCCACCACUAGUUCCACCUUCAUUCUUACCUUUAGCAGCAGCACUCUGCAGCUUCUCUGAAUUUUCUUCACCACAGCUGACUUCACCAUCACUAUCAAACAAGCCAACUCCUCAGUCAGCCCCACUCUUAAGGGUUCAUCGCUUGCGCACUCCUUCACCUCCACCACCACCCAUUGCUGCGCCUCUUAUGGAGAUGGGAUUCUCCCUUAAGCAUGUUCAGAAAGCCAUCAAUGUCACAGGUAGUACUGGUGACAUGUCAGCUCACACUAUUAAUCAGCUGGCCACGUGGAUGAUAGAACAUCCAUGCAUUGACUCAGAGGUCCUGGAAGGAAGGGAAGAUGAUUCAGGACACUCAUCAGGGUCCGAAAUUCUGCUCAGCAGGGCACAGACUGUGGAUGUCAGCCAUUGUUCUCCAGACCUUGACUUAGGAGCUGGUUGUCGCACAGGACUUGGACCAAGAAGAAGAGGAUGUUCUGAUUAUCGCACUUACAUGGCUGAGAGAGCAGCCCAGGACCGGGAAAGGCAGCAUGUACGAGGAGAGGCUCAACCUUUAUACGGGCUCUUGCAAGAUGCAGAACCUGUUGUCUCUUUGCCUCAAGGAGCAGACAGCGUACGGAUGUCUGAUAUGGGAAGCAGCUCUGGAGUGUUUCCAACGGCUGCAGCACAGAUGGAUUACGGACUGCCUCUUGUAUGUGGAAUCUGUCACCAAGUAUCAUCACACUUAGCAGGUCAUAUGCUGUCAGCACACCCAGGCUGUGGCUUGCUUUGGGGUGCAGGCUACUGUGGUAACAUUCUUGGAACAAAUUACCUGAUGUGCAAUGAAUGCCAAGAUAAAUAUAGCUUGCAGUUUCAGUGUUUUCCGAAGUUACCUGCUCAUACUGGUGGUGGCAGUAAUGCUGUCAUGGGCAGUGUGAGUGGCAAUGUAUUUCCCAGCAAUCUGGCCCAGCUGUUGGCACCUGAUCUCUUGGGCAGCAGCUCUGUGCAUGAUGAAGAAGUUGAUAUACUGUGUGUGCAGACGGAUGAGCGAUCAACUCUAUUGUCCGACAGCUUCUCUAAACUAGCACCCUACCUUGGAUUGGGAGAAAGAAGGACUGCACCAGAACCUCUUCUGCUGAAAGAAGCAGACCCACUUGGAGCAAGCACUGUGCCAAGUUUCACACUUGAAAACAUUUCUUCUGGCCAACUAGGACAACUGAAGCCUGGAGCUGCUAAAGGAGAUGGCAAACACAAAUCUCUCGGUGAGCAGGCGUCACUCCUCACAUCCUCGCAGGAUCGCAUUAUGGCUCUGCAGAGGAUCACAGCAGCUGCACAGAUCCUAGUAGCCCGUUCAGUGGUGAUGAGUGCUCUUUCCUUACUGUCUGUUAGUGGAACAUCAUGUAGUCUGCCUGCUGGACUGGCUGCCAUUGGUUUAUCUGACAUCCGCAAGGUAGUGCGUCUCAUGAGUCUAACUGCUGGGGGUCGGGUUGAAUUGGCUUCUGAUAUGCAGCAACCCCUUACUGAAGGGGGGCCCAGGCCUGGUGCAGGAGCCUCCUCUUUACAGUUGGGCCAUCUCACAAGUCAUCUGCCUCCAGCAACUGCUACCUGUCUCAGCUACCUUAGUUGUGCAAUUGCUGCUUUGGCACAGACAGAUAAGGAGGCUUCAGAGUUAGUGUUACAGAUGUGCACUAAGGAGCUGUUAGCAGCUGCUAUGGGUGCAGUAAAUCAGUCCUCUGGCAGCAGAAUUGGAGCACCUGAUGUUACCCAUGGAUUUGCUGUUACUCAGGCACUAGUUAGCCUGUUGGCCUCUCAUGGUGGUACUUCGCUUACCAGCACUGUUAAAGAAGACAAUGAUGAUAAAUUGGUAAGCAGUCCAGUGACAGAUGCACCAGUCAUAAGCCCAUUACAGCUCCCAGACGCCUUAGCAGCCUGUAUUCUGUCUACAAGGUUGGCCUCUAGUCAUCGUCAGUGGGCAUCUCAGCAAUUGGUGAAGUGCAUUGCAGCAAAGAUAUCAGUUCUGUCACCCCAGAACCUUGAUAGCCUGAACUUCGCUGAUCUGUCAGGAGUGAUGCCACCAUGUUCUAUGAUGGAGCUGAAGGGUCAUGACAAUCGCACCAGUUUUACAACCUGGCAUGAAGACAGAGGCAUGCUUGCCACCUGUGGCUAUGAUGGAACAGUGCGAGUAUGGUGCUCAGCCAAUACUAACCAGGCAUUUCUAGCACACACUUUGGUGUUUCAUCAGUCAGAAAAUGUAUAUGGAAGUGAGUUGAGUGGGGAACUCAUUUCACAGUUGGGUUGGUCUGCUUCAGGGAAAUUUGUGGCAGCAGCCAUGGACAAUACUGUCAAUGUAUGGCACCUCCCAGGAGGUCCAGAUGUUGCUGUGACAGGGGAGGAUUUUCACAUUGAUACACAAUCUGCUUGGGUAACUUCUAUGGCAUGGCCACAAGUGACAAGCCAGGAUGAACCAGAACAUCUCUUGGUAGGGACAAUCAAUGGCUCAGUUGUCCUGCUGACCAUCUUCCCAAGAAACAAGCAACGUGAAGAAUUAGUCCAUUGUUCACAACAGUAUGCCUCAGUUACUCACAUUGAGUGGUUUGAUGAGGAAAAGGAGUUUGCCAUCGCAUUCACAGAUGGCGUGGUGAAGUUAGGGCGUAAGAAUCCAAACUUCCAGCCCGUAUCAGUAUCUGCACAUCAGGGGGGCUUGUCUAGUAUAAAGUGGGACCCACGAGGCCAACUCUUGGCAACCUGUGGAGUGGAUGGAGUGUGUCACAUUUGGAAAGAGAUGGAAAGUGUCUGGAUCUCUGUUUAUACACUUGUUCCACCACAUGAACCCGUGUCUCUUGCAUGGUCACCUAUUGUAGGUAAAGGAUGUACUCCUCUUCUGUUGUGUGUGGGAACUGUACAAGGAAGAGUGAGUGUGUGGGCGCUGCCUGAUGCCCAUGUCGAAGAGCAUCACCAUAGGAUGGAACCCCAACUUGUUAUGCAACUUCAGGGUCACUUAUAUCAUCCUGUCACAUCGUUAUCAGUCCACAGGGAUGGUCUGCUACUAGCAUCAGGCAGCAUCAAAGGUCCCAGUGGUGUUGUGAACAUCUGGUCUCUUCAAGAUGGUAGCCUCUUGCAAACUAAUACGGGAACAGGGGGUGUACAUUCAUUAACCUGGCUGGGGGAAACUGGUUUGGCUGUCUGCUUUCGCAGAUCUAAGGAUGUUCGUAUAUUGCAUUAUGGCAUGAGAGAGAUGACCCAAAUCCGUGUAUUAGCAGGAGCAAAUGCCUCGCUUCUCCGUCAAGGUGUAACAGGCCUGCAGAGUGCCCCCUGUCUGCGAGCACUGUUGCAGGCACUACCCACCCUUCUACAAGAACAGUAUCAGUAUGAGAAGCCAUUGGUUGUGAGUGGGGAGCAGCUGUUACACAGUUGUCAUCUCAAAUGCUUGGCAGCUCUGGUUCUGUUGCUGCGAUUAGACAAGGUGCUCUGCUAUCAGCCUGUGCCACCCAACCAUGAUGAGUACUUCUCUGUUGUUCCAGAAUGGCAGUGGUUGCAAGUUUUCAGUGUUGGUGUGCAUACAGCAGAAGCCCUUGUAAACAGAACGAAGCUACCACAGGAGUUCUGUACACUUGUACAAGAAGGAACUAAGGAAGAGGAAGAUGAAAGCUUAAUUGCCACCAAUAACUCAAGGUGGAGCCUCAAAGCAGAUGAACAAAUAAUGAGUUGGUCCACCCAGCAGCCUCAUGACUGGCAGAUAGGUGGGAAGUGCCAUGCUUUUCUGUGGGGCAGUGGUAGGCAUGGCCAGCUUGGAGAAGCAGGCCGGAGUGCAUUAAUGCCAGUUGAGACAGAAUCCUUCUCAGGGGCACAACAGAUUGUGUGUGGUCAGAACUGCACGUUUGUGAUCCAGGCCAAUGGCACUGUACUAGCCUGUGGGGAAGGCAGUUAUGGGCGUCUUGGUCAGGGAAAUUCUGAUGAUCUACAUUCACUUAGCAUCAUAUCUUCUCUCCAAGGAUUUGUGAUCACGGCUCUGGCAACAUCUUGCGGCUCUGAUGGUCAUAGCCUGGCCUUAGCAGAAAGUGGUGAAGUAUUCUCGUGGGGAGAUGGUGAUUAUGGCAAAUUGGGUCAUGGGAAUAGUGAUAGACAGCGACGACCUCGACAGAUAGAAGCAUUACAAAGUGAAGAAGUGGUGCAGGUUGCAUGUGGUUUCAAGCACAGUGCAGUGGUAACAGCUGAUGGGAAAUUGUUUACAUUUGGGAAUGGUGAUUAUGGUCGACUAGGUUUGGGUACUACAGCAAACAAGAAACUGCCGGAACGCGUGACAGCACUGGAAGGCCACAGUGUUGGACAGGUUGCAUGUGGAUUGAAUCACACAGUAUGUGUGUCUUCUGAUGGCAACCUAGUGUGGGCAUUCGGUGAUGGAGACUAUGGAAAGCUAGGGCUAGGAAACACAGCCACAAAAUCAACUCCACAGAAAGUUGAUCUGCUUUGUGGUGUUGGUGUGAAGCGUGUCUGCUGUGGAACACAGUUCACUGUAUUCCUUACACAGGAUGGACAUGUUUUCACAUGUGGGAUGGACCGUCUCAUUGGCCAGCCUGACUCUAGGGCUCGUGGUCACACCAAACCACAGCAGGUUCCGGCUUUGAACGGUCAUUUUGUUGAAGAGAUAGCAGUUGGGGCAGAGCAUGCACUUGCCCUGACAUCUACUGGUGAUGUCUGGGGAUGGGGCAAUAAUGGUGAUGGCCAGCUUGGUCUUGGUCACACAGCCAUUGUGAGAGAGCCACAGUUGGUUACAGCUCUUUCAGGGAAAGGUGCUAAACAGAUUUCUACUGGAAGGACACACAGUGCGGCAUGGACAUCCCCUCCAUUGCCCAGACGAAGUCCAGGAGUGUCGAUACCUCUGCGAUUUGGUCUACCAGCACACAUCCCCCCUCAGUAUGGCCACCUUCAAGGAACAUCCAUUGUUGCAAUACAGGCACGACUGAGACUUCUGUAUCGCUUCUCUGACAUUCUGUACGCAUGCUGGAGAUUGUUACCUCUCUGCCCACAGCAGUAUGAAUGGCUGACCCCAUCUCUCCGUACUUUCACAUCAUCUCGUUUGCGACCACUGUUAGCCCCAAGAGUCUACACUUUACCUUUAGUUCGAAGUGUGGGUCGUACCAUGGUGCAGGGUCGAAACUAUGGUCCACAAGUGACAGUUCGAAGACUGGCAACAAGAGGCCGUCGCUGCAAACCAAUAUUUGUGCAAGUUGCACGUCAAGUAGUUAAAAUGAAGCCAGCAGAACUUCGUUUACCAUCCAGGGCAUGGAAGGUGAAACUAGUUGGUGAAGGAGCUGAUGAUGCUGGUGGAGUGUUUGAUGAUACCAUCACCGAAAUGUGUCAGGAGCUUAUCAGUGGUGCAGUGCCCCUGCUAGUGCCCACACAGAAUGCAACUAAUGAUACUGGCUACAACCGUGACCGCUACCUGCUUAAUCCAACUCUGUGUACAGCCCAGCACCUUUCUUGGUUCAAAUUCCUUGGAAUUCUGUUUGGAGUUGCAGUGAGAACCAAGAAACCACUUGCAGUUCCUCUGGCUCCGUUCGUAUGGAAGCUGUUGGUAGGAGAGCCACUCUCAAUAGAUGACCUUGAAGAGACAGACAGUCUUUAUGCCCAGAGUCUGAGGGCCAUCAGGGAUAUUCACCAAUCUGGUGUUACUGAAGCCACAUUCCAUGAAGUGAUUCCUCUGGAAUGUUUUGAAGGAACCAGUUGCACCAAUCAACUGGUGCCUAUUGUUGCCGGUGGAAGGAGCAUUCCCCUCACUUUCCACAAUCGUUUGCAAUACGUAGAGCAAGCCAUUUAUUUUCGUUUACACGAACUAGAUCUUCAGGUGGCAGCUGUGAGAGAAGGAAUGGCAUGGAUCAUCCCUGUUCCACUUUUAUCACUAGUUACAGCUCAACAUUUAGAGCAACUGGUUUGUGGAUUGCCUCACAUAUCAAUCCAACUGCUCAGAAGAGUUGUAAGGUAUCGAGAGCUUGAUGAAAAUAACUUACUUGUACAAUGGCUGUGGGACAUCCUGGAAGGGUUUACUAAUGCAGAAAGGGUUCUCUUCAUGAGAUUUGUCUCUGGUAGAUCUCGCCUACCAGCCAACUUAGCUGACUUAUCUCAGAGGUUCCAGGUGAUGAAAGUUGAUCGUGCACCAGAUGGUUUACCUACGGCACAAACAUGUUUCUUCCAAUUGCGCCUGCCUCCUUACAGCAGCCAGGAGAUCAUGGCAGAACGUCUUCGCUAUGCAAUCAACAAUUGUCGGUCAAUUGACAUGGACAACUACAUGUUGGCUCGAAAUACAGACAUGGGUCAGGCAUCUGAUGAUGAAUAUUAACGUGAAACCACACCAAGAGUUCUGAGGGUAGAACAUGUUACAGUUAUGUGAAAGCUGGUAUUGAGGCAGAAUGGAGUAACAAACCUAUGCAAUUUUUGUGUUAAUGCUUCUAAAGGUUUACUAGCAGUGAUCUUUAAUAUUUCUUUACAAGGAUAUCUUUAUUCUGUAGUUUUAUGCUGAAUAGUUUAAAAGAUUGUCAACUCUGUCCAAUGUGAUUGAUAAAUGUUUUUUUCUCUUUUUUAAUCUUUCAUCCUUGACAUGUUUCAGUCUGAGAGACCAUCUUCAGAAGGACGUGUCAAAGAUGAAAGAUUACAAAGGAGAAAAAGCAUAUAUCAAUCACACUGGAUGGAGUUGAUAAUAUUUUAUACUAUUGCUAGUGUGACGGACCAGGCUGAACCAAAUCAAAUUCAUGCUUAAUAUUAUGGCUUUGCAUUUGCUGUGCAUAACACGUUAUAAUGCCAAAACUGAAAAGUAUUUCUCAUCAGUAAGGCAUGUAAUUAAUUUCUUCUCUCUGAUGAAUAAGAGUGCCUUCAGCCAUAAUUCUGAUGGAUUCCAGUUACCGGAAAUAAUAUUGAUAAGCUGGUUUAACUGUGUCUGUGAUACAGCCAUAACAGUAUUGUAUGUAGUUUUCCUGGAACACAGCAUUGAAUCAUGAUCUAAUGACCUUUGUAUGGAAGUCCGUAAUUUUCAUUUUUAAAUCUUUGUACACUCGGUUCCUAAGAUAUACCAGAACAUAUUUCUUUUUUAUAUCUUGAUUCUUCAUUAUACAUACUUUCAUUAAUAACUUCUGCUUUCGUAUACAAAUUUGAUACCGUGCACAUAACUGUUGAAGUGGUUGAUGAGCUGCAUUCAUUACAGAUAGUAUAAGUAUUGAGUUCUGUGAAGGGCACUGACAUGUCAAAUUUUGUCAUUCAUACUGGCUUGCAUUGUAGCCACUAGAAGUGCUAAUUCAAACCCUGUAUUAUGGUUUGAAAUCAGAGUAAUUUUUUCAGUUAGUGUUCUUUUAAAUUCCAUGACUGGUUACUGUACAUCCUAGUAUUCUACAUUACAUUGCCCUUUGCUUUCUUUUUAGUUUCAUGUAAAAUUAUGUUAACAUCUUUGAAUCCCCUUGCCUCCCUAUAAUACAUACAUAUAUGUAUAUGUCUAUCAUAAAUAUUGCAAAGCCUCCAAGAUGUAACAUCAGUUUUCAUGUAUUCAUAUAGGGUAUGAAACAGAUACUCAUGUGAUAUGUUGCAGAAGAUAAUGUGUUUCUUAUUAUUCAUAUAUAUUCAAAUUGCUGAAAUACUGCCAUUUGAUGUGCAAUAACGAAGUCUAGAGGUCACAUCUCUGUGCUCUUAGGUACGUUUAUGAUAAUAGUUCAUUAUAAAACAAGAUGUCAUGUUUCUCAAAGGUUUUGUGAUUUACUCCUCAGAUUAUAUGGGUAAUGUGACUACAGUGAACCUAUCCUCAAAACUGUAGAACAGUGAUUCUCCAUCUGUGAUGUGCAGCACUUGUGGGAGUUCCAUUAAAUUGUUUCAGGAGAUUUAAAAACUUUGGAAUAGAGGUUCUCGAGUUUUUCAUAAAACCCCCUAGACCCUAGUCUGGUUUGUUAGUGCUCCUAUUAAGGAAGAUACACUUUAUUUAUAUGCUGUAAAAAAAGUAUUUCUAACACUUUAGAUUGGUAAGAAGUGAAGAAGAAGAAGAAGAAGACUGCCU